AUGAUGUUUUUGUGUUCAGAUGUUCAUCAUGAGAGAGAGCAGGUGGAUGUGAUUCAUGCUGGAGAACAGCAGAUGCUGCAGACACCAGUGAAGAUAGAAGUGAAGCAGGUGGAGAUAAAAGAAGAAAAUACAACAGAAGAACAACAGAGUGAUGAAGAUGCUGGAGAACAGCAGAUGCUGCAGACACCAGUGAAGAUAGAAGUGAAGCAGGUGGAGAUAAAAGAAGAAACUACAACAGAAGAACAACAGAGUGAUGAUGAUGAUGAUGAACAGCAGAUGCUGCAGACACCAGUGAAGAUGUGUUCAGUGAAGCUGCUGGACUGCAGGAACCUGAUGAAGAUGAGAGGAGAAACCACAGCAGAGGAACAACAGAGUGAUGAAGAUGAUGUUGAUUUUAUUCCUGCAGGCAUGCUGCAUGGAGGCAUGAGGACUGCGGAUGUGGCCAAGGCAAUAAAUUGCAAUGUCCGUACUUGGAGACGGCUAAGACAGCACUACAGGGAGACAGGAACCAGUUACAAGCUGAUGGAAUUAAGAGAAGAACGUGAAGAGCUGAAGGAAGUGGAGUGUGUGGCUGCUCAUAUGUGCUUUGAAUAUGCAUUUAUUUUACUGCUGAAGUUACAUGAAUUGGGUUUGAAUGCUCACUGUGAAAAGAGUUUCACACAGUCAGACAUCCUGAAAACACAUGAGAGAAUCAAUACUGGAUAG